CGCUGUGUCACAUCCUGGAGGAAUGUGUCUGUUGGUGAGGGACUGUUUUUGAGAGACACGCAGCGAUCGCAAAGACUUGUUUUCCCUUUCAAAGAACACGGUCAAUUUCACACGUCCUCCUCCACACGCACCAAGGGCAAACCCCUCGCUCAGUCAGCGACGCUCAGUCAGCGACGCCGAGCAUUCCACCGCAUUCCAGCCACUCACCACUCGCCAACCACGCCAGCCAGCAGCCAGCAGCAGCAGCAGCAGCAGCUCGUUCUGCACAUGAGAAGCUGAGACAAUGGCAACGCACAACACCACCCAGCGUCUCCUCCGGGAACUGAAGGACUACACCAACAACCCCAAUGAAGCUCUUCUGCAUCUCGGGCCCAUCGAAGAGGAUGAUCUCCUCCACUGGGAAGCCGUCCUGAAAGGUGUGAAGGGCACUCCAUACGAAGGCGGCCUCUGGUCCCUCCACAUCACCAUUCCCCCAUCCUACCCGCUUACCCCGCCCACCAUCCGCUUCACCACCCGCAUCAGCCACCCCAACAUCUCCUUCACCACCGGCGAGAUCUGCCUCACCCUCCUGACGACCGAGCACUGGAGCCCCGUCUACACCCUCUCCUCGACCCUCACCGCCAUCCACCAGCUGCUGACGGAUCCGCGCCCGGAAUCGCCGCUUAACGUCGACGUCGCCGCCCUGCUGCGCGACGGCGAUAUCCCCGCGUGGGAGAGUGUGGUGCGGUUCUGGACGGAGGAGGAGCGGUGGGUGCCGAAAUAGACAAUAUACCGCGUGGACUGAGGGAGGUCGUUUGGGGUAUAUACUCGUUGGUCAGGAGGUGAGAGGCUAGGUUGAAGGAUCGCACCAUGCAAACCGAGAUGCGGCGCGUCUUUAUGGAUCAUCAAACCGUGUCCGUUCCGGGUGAGGGGACACAAAGAGAUAAGAGGGAGGGGAUUAUCACCAUGUCUAUACCUACAUCUACACCUAUCUAUACUGUUGUUUAUUAUUGGGUAGGUUUGUACAGAGCUAGCUACGAAGGUAUCUAGCUAGCCUACCCAUCACGUGCAAAGUGACAGCAAGCAAGUAGGGCAAGUCAUGUCACCAGAUUAGAGCCAUGUUGUUACGUUCAGAAUACCCAUU